CGAAGCUGCCCGGAUCAUCUUGCGUUCGGGCGGCGGCUGUGAAUGCCAAACGCGCGGGGAGAUCUGGGAAAAAAAGGAAAUUGACGCGAAACUCGAAAUCCCCAAGCGCCUCAAAGUUGGCUAGCUGCAGAGCUUGCUGCCUGCCUAGGCUGUUUCCCCAGCCAGGUGCUUCUCCGCCGGGGACCCUGGGCAGUUACAAAACACAAAAGCCAGAACCCAAACCCCACCACCAUCCUAGGUAUAUAGUUACUCUGGAAUCAGUAAGCCAUGGCAUCUAAGAAAUUUGCUGUUAAAUGCGGGAAUUUUGCUGUCCUGGUGGAUCUUCAUAUAUCCCCGCAAGAUCCAAACAAAGAUACCAGCUGGUUUUCCGAACAGAAGAAGGAGGAAGUGUGUUUACUGUUAAAAGAAACCAUUGAUUCAAGAGUUAAGGAAUACUUGGAAGUUCGUAAACAACACAAGCCAUCAAGUCCUGAAUUCACAAGAUCCAAUCCUUUGUCCUUAAAAGGUUAUGGCUUUCAGAUCACAGCCUAUUUCCUCAAGAGAGGGAUACGUCUGCGCUGCAUCAGAGGCUCACGGAAUUCUGAACUCCGUGUAUUCCCUGACAGAUUUGUGGUCUGUGUGAGUCAGCUUGCAUUCAAUCAUGAUCUUUUGGUGAGUCAGAAGGAAGAAUUGACAGAAAGAGCUCUCCACAGAGUGUCUGAUUAUUUUGCUGAGUGUGCAGAGAAUCCACUUCCUCCCAGUGCAAAGCUCAAGAGAAAUGCUCUGAAAGAAAUUUCGAAAAGAACUGAAACAAAAUGCAGCACUGUGAACAAAUCACAGACCAGCAGGCACAUUGUGGGACCAUCCAGUAACUCAGCGAUGGUAGAGGUAGCAAGGAUACAGGCCUCAUCCAGUUCUCCAUCAGAAUCCACGGGACAAGCUAAGGAUUACAUAAAGGCAGCUGAGCGCCACUGGGGGCUUCCUGUUCAAAAGCUGGAAAAUGUUCCUCAGAGCCAGCCAGAAGACACUAGCAGCCAGCAAAAACCUCAUCCUGGGGAACUGUUGAAGACAGGGCUUCGAAGCAGGAGCCCCGUCUGUAGCUGUGAGUCAGCACCACCAGGUCCAAAACAAAGUCCACAAGCUGCCAAAACACAACAGAAGUGCAGGAACUGUGACUCUGAGGACAACUUUGACCACCACAAGAGAGUUUCUCUUGGAAAUGAUCGAUUAGUCCAGAGAAAUAAUAGUGGGGAUGGGGGGGUGGGGUGGGGGAAGGAAGCUGUCAAUGUGUUGCCAACUUUAGAGCUGUCAGAUCCGGGGUUCCUUUUGAAACAAGAUUUAGCAAAAACCAUGUCUAAGGAAGACUUAAAUGUUUUGGAAAAUCUUUCCUCCAGACAUCUUAUGAAAAAUAACCCAGGGCAGGCACAGCAGAUGGGCUCAGCCACAAACACCGAAAGAUUAUCUAUGAUGCAGGGCAGCCCAACCAAGAAAAGGAAGAACUUGCAAAGUUUUGCAAAAUUAUAGUUAAGCAUAUAGCAGCCAAACC